GAACACUCAAUCUCCUCGUAGCAGAGAAAUAUACGAAAACACGCCCGCCAAUGAUACAUCACUUUUAGUGCUCUCUGUCAGGUCCGCGCUCCGCUUUUCCCUCCAACUUUACAAGCCGGGCUCGUCUUAUAAAAGGCCGAUCGCCUCCGUGGCACGUCACUCUACAGGGCUAUCUCUGACUGAGCAGCAGCCGUACCGCCAUGGCACCCAAAACACCAACCGGCUCCAAAGGAGCAAAGAAGGCUAUUAAGAAGUCUGCCCCAAAGUCCGGGGAUAAGAAGAAGCGUAGGAGGAGGAAGGAAAGCUACGGCAUCUACAUCUACAAAGUCAUGAAGCAGGUCCACCCUGACACCGGCAUCUCGUCCAAGGCCAUGUCCAUCAUGAACAGCUUUGUCAAUGACAUCUUCGAGCGGAUCGCCGCCGAGGCCUCUCGUCUGGCUCACUACAACAAACGCUCCACCAUCACGAGCCGGGAAAUCCAGACCGCUGUCCGUCUUCUCCUGCCCGGUGAGCUGGCCAAGCACGCCGUCAGCGAAGGUACCAAGGCUGUCACUAAGUACACCAGCAGCAAGUAAACUCCUCGCCGCUUGAAA